AUGUCUCACCUCCUCAUCUCCAUCAUCACUAUUGGUUCUCUGUUUCUUCCGACCCUCGUCAAUGCCUCUGUCCUUCUUCCUCCGCUCACAGGUCCGUUCAGCGUAAGUCUCGACACCGCCGAGCUCGUCGACUCUUCCCGAGUGGAUCCAUGGAACAGCACGCACACCCGCCGACUCAUGGUCUCGCGCUUUAAUCCGGUUCCGCCUCGUCAAUGCCGCAGCACCUGCCCAGUACCAUAUAUGCCCCCCGGCACCGCCGCCUUUCAAGACGCCGCAUAUGCCAGACUCGGCAUCCCCAUCCCUCCAGGCACUUUCGGUUCCCUCCAUCUCCAGCUCUGCUGCGAUGCCAAGCACCCAAAGACACAUCCGCACGCCGACUGGUCCCGCAACUCCCACCCCACUCUGUUCUUCUCGCCCGGCCUGGGCUUGAGCCGUCUCUUCUACUCAGCCAUCGCCUCCCAGGUCGCCAGCCAGGGCUACACGGUGCUGACGAUCGACCAUCCUUACGACGCGGACGUGGUCGAGUUUCCUGACGGCUCGCUUAUCACGAGCGCCCUACCCGUCAACCUCACCGACGAGAUCGUGCUGAAGGUCGCGACUGUUCGCGUGGCCGACGUCCGCUUCAUCCUCGAUACCCUGGCCCCUCACGGCUCCCACGCGGUGAAGAAGGGGAGAGUGGGCAUGUUCGGCCACUCGCUAGGCGGCGCCGUCGCGGCUGCGGCCAUGUAUGAGGACGAGCGCAUCCGCGCCGGCGUGACCCUGGACGGGCAGGUCGGUAGCGACGCUGCCACUGCGGGUCUUGACAGGCCGUUCUUGCUGUGGGGUGCGGGCGGGCACAACAGCAGCACUGACACAACCUGGGCCUCGUUCAAGGAUGUGAUGGAGCGUCGCGGGGAGUGGGUUAAGGAGCUGGAGUUGGUGGAUAGUGCUCAUCUGACUUUUACUGACUUGCCGUUGUUGAGAGAUGUUUUGGGGUUCGCGGAAGUCGUGCCGCCUCAGCUAUCCUCUCUUCUGGGAAACUUGAAGGGGGAGAGGGUUGUGCAGAUCUUGGGGGCCUAUGUGGCUGCUUUCUUUGAUUUCGCGCUGAAGAGAAAGAGGGAGGGAUUGUUGGCUGGGCCGAGCGGUGCUUAUCCUGAGGUCUUGUUCAUCGACUGA